GAAUCAUCCUGAGAAUCUCGAUAGCAAGCCGCGGUAGUACAGUAUCUGGCUUAGUUUUUUUGCCAGGCUUGAUGAGCCUGCCUUCUGCUGGGAGAACGCAGACUUCUGGUGAGACUCGGUGAAGUGAAUGCAAACUGGGUUAGACAGUGAACAGAUGAGCUGCGUUCAUAUUAUUUUAUUUUGCUUAGAGGCUUUGAGUCGAGCUCUUUGAGCCUGCAGUUUAGCUUAACGUGACAUAUUUUCACUCAUAUACAUAUAAAACAGGAAGGACGUUCAGAUAACAUCAACAGCCACUUCCUUAUAUGUACAAAAAUAAAGUGCUCUGACAGCAGCAAAACUGACACUUCGAUUUUAAAAAGGAUAGUAACCUAGCAUUUAUAGACCCACAUGGGCAUUGCACUGAGCCAAUCAGGAGCACAGAGGAAAAAAUUUAAAAACAAACCUCAUACAUUGUAGUCUGAACAUCUGUGCAUGAGCAGAAGGCUGGAGGAAGCCAGGAGCACUGACUGCAGAUCUUCAUAGCAAGAAGCAAUGUUCAUGGAGCAGCUUUGUGCAAUUCCACUGGAAGUGUCAUCUAGACUGUCACAGGCAUCCUCCCCUCAGUCAGGCUGCCCGUCACCCUCCAUCCAAACAGGCAAAGUCAUCUCCCCAUCCCAGAAGCACAGCAAGAAGGCACUCAAACAGGCCUUGAAGCAACAGCAGCAAAAGCAACAGCAGCAGCAAUGCAGGGCAGGCAUGCCCGUGUCAUCUAAUCAGCAUGUCCUUCUGAAGGCUGUAAAGGCAGCCAGUGACUCUGCACCAGCAAAAUCUGCUUGGGAAGGAAAGCAGUCAGAUGGACAGUCAAGCAGCCCUCAGAACUCCACCUCCAGUUCUUCUGCCUCUGUUAAGCUUGGUAACUCCUUGCCAGGGUUGGGGAAGAAACCCUUCCAGAGAUCUGACAGGCUCCAUGCAAGGCAGCUGAAGAGAACAAAGUGUGCUGAAAUUGAUGUGGAAACCCCGGACUCCAUCCUCGUGAACACAAACCUGCGGGCACUGAUCAACAAGCAUACGUUCUCUGUUUUACCUUCAGAAUGCCAGCAGCGCCUGCUGCUGCUGCUCCCCGAGGUGGACAGGCAGGUCGGGGCAGAUGGUUUGAUGAAGCUGAGUGGCUCAGCGCUCAACAACGAGUUCUUCACUUCAGCUGCCCAAGGCUGGAAGGAGAGGUUGUCAGAAGGUGAGUUUACACCAGAAAUGCAGCUAAGAAUACGUCAAGAGAUAGAAAAGGAAAAGAAGGUGGAGCUGUGGAAGGAACAUUUUUUCGAGAGUUACUAUGGUCAGAGUUCUGGACUAAGCCCUGAAGAGUCCAAGCGACUGACAACAAACACCAGCCCUGCUGAGACAGAGACUGGAAAUUCAGCAGCUGAACAGCCAAAAUGCAUGCCAGCCAUUCUGGCACCAUUCAAAGAGAAGAUUACUUCUCCAUUAGAGUCUAAAGCACAAGCAGUCCAGGAAGCACCAGCAAUGAAAAAAGGAGGAGAGGAAAGAAGAGAGGACACGCAGCCAAAAAUAGCCAAAUCUGCAGAGGCCUCAGUUUCCUCAGAUGGUGGUGCAGUGAAGCCUAACGACCAUUCCUCCACACCUUUGAAAGGUAGUGGAGAAUCCAUUCAAGAGAAACCACAAACUGCCAUUAGUCAAAAGCCAGAAGAAGAGAAAAAGCAUGCUGCAUCAAAGGAAAUAUUAGUAAAAGAGACUAUGAGUACCUCAGCUUUGGCCCCAAGUAAACCAAAGAGCCCUGAAGCAGGUGAAGUAGUAGCAAGUGUGACUAGUCAAGUGACUACUCCAGAAAUACCGGAGAAGAAGUCCCCUAUAAAUGAAGAAAUGGAAGUCAGUGUUGAAGGCCAUAAGAGGAAGUCAGAGAAUCGGGAAGAAGCUCUAAUCACUCCUGAAAAAAAGCCACGCGUCAUGGAGAACUGUCAGUACCAGCAGUCAUUUCGGACCCAGCCGCAGUCCUUUCCUGCAGCUGGGACCCAGGUGCCACGUGUUCCCCCACUCAAGAUUCCUGUUUCCAGAAUCUCCCCAAUGCCAUUUCCUGCGGGCCAGGUCUCUCCCAGGGCACGUUUUCCAACCUCAAUUACCAGUCCUGGAAGAACGGGGGCCAGAACUUUGGCAGACAUCAAGGCGAAAGCCCAGGCGGGGGGAGCUGGCCCAGGGCCGGGACCAGGAGGUGGUGGGGGCCCACCCGGCGGUGGAGGAGAGAAGAGUAACACAGCAGCAAGUGGAAUCAGUGAAACUGGAAUUCGAGGAAAUGCACUGGAACUGGCAGGAACUGGAAGCGGGGGAAGUUCGAGAAGGUUUCUUCCCCAUUGUACAGGUACCCAUACCCAAAUGGAGACCCAGGCCACGGACCAGACACCACCUCACAGUCUUUCUAGAGCACAACUACAGCAAACUUCCACAUUACAAUCCAGAACUCCAGCCAGCAAUACAGGCACCAACUCCUCAUCAUCAGCGGUAUCAGCAUUAGACAAAAUUAACAGAAUAAAACAGAGCCCCCCAAAUAAGACUGUAAAUCAGGUUUCAGGCUCCCCAUAUGCUGUUAGCAAUGACAGACAAGAGAAAGCACCUUCUGCUCCAGCAGGUCCAAACCAGGCCUGUGGGGCAUCUGCUGUCAGGGAUGGAACAAUCUGUGUCACUGUGUCCACAGCAGAUACCAACACAAAUGUAACUAAGGUAGCACCUACAGCCUUAGGAGGGACCAGUUUAGAUGUUUCUAAAAGCAAAUCUCCUUCCCCUCUGACAUCUUCACUAGCAUCCAUAAGCUCAGAAGCCCAGGCUGGUGGUGUGGUAACAUCUGUUGUAUGUAUUCCAUCCUCUAAUACUUUGCCAGUAAUAUCUAGCCUUAAAACUCAUGUAACUUCAAGUGCAAGUGGGGCCCUUCCCAAAACAAGCUCCAGUAUUCCUGCUAACAACCCUUUGGUUACCCAGCUUCUUCAAGGGAAGGAUGUCCCCCUGGAACAAAUCCUGCCUAAGCCUCUCACCAAAGUAGAAAUGAAAACUGUCCCAUUAGCUUCCAAUGAAGAAAAAAGAGCGGCAUUGUCCAGCACUACAAGCAUAGCAGGGAAUGGUACUGGAGCUGAAGGUGGUGACAGACAGUCAAAUUUACCCACGCAACCGCUUGGAAAGAUCUUUUGCCAGAACAGGCCCCUGCCUAAUGUUCCAAGGACAUUUCAGCUCCUCUCAGGAAAGGAUCCCAGUGUUGACCAGCACCAGUGCCAAGAGGCACUUAGUAAAACAACCCAAGAGCAGAUCCUUCAGACUCUUAUCAAGAGGGUCCAGAGGCAGAAUUUGUUCCCAGUCCUUCAGCCUUCACAACUGAACCUUACUCACUCAGGUUUCCAGUUAGAAAACAGUUCCACCAGCCAGAGAUUUAUGCUGGGUUUCAUGGGUAGAAGGACAUCCAAGCCUGCUAUGUCUGGUCAUUAUCUGCUCAACAUUUCCACGUACGGUCGUGGUUCAGAGAGUUUGAGGCGAGGCUUCUCCCUGAACCCUGAAAACCGCUUGUGUCUGAACAGUCCUGCUGAUGCUCCAAAAACAGAAUUUGGGGACUGUGAGGAGACCCCUGGCAAUGGCAGUAGCAGUGAUGAAGGAGAUGCAGACGAUGAGAGCACUGGUGACGAACAUGAACAUACCAGUGUAAAAGAGGAACCCCUGACUACCCAGGUUUCUGAUCAGUGUGAAAAAGAACAGGUGUCACAUGGCAUAAAUUCUUCAGAUUAUAGCAUCCUUGCUAAAAAGAGCGUCAAAGCAGAAGCAGUCAUGUCUCAGCAAGCAGCAGUCAACAAGGAGACUGUUCAGACAUUUGAUGGAACUACCUUAGCAAGAGAUUUUAUUCAAGCAGCUCAAGAGCAAAUGGCACACGCAAUGAGGGGGAAAAUGCAUAGCAGUCCUGAGCUUUUCGGUUCUUCUGUACCGUCAUCAGACUCUGCUCAGCACCAGUCUCCACAGCAUUCUCAUUUGCAUCCUCCAAAGCUGUGUGGCAAUGCUGCCGCACAGCUCAUUGGUCCCAGUUAUAGUGGCACAAUAAAUGUCUCCACAUCUCCAGAUGUGAACCAAGGGUCUCUUAUGACUGGGCUGUCCGAAUGCAAUCAGUUGUCUAGUAGCAUGGGGAAUGUCAUGUCCUUUUCUGUGACUGUAACCACCAUUCCCACCAGCCAAGCUAUGAACUCUGGUAGCCACAGUCAGACCAUCCCGGUUCAAGCCUUUGCUGAAGACAACAGCAUGGAGGAUUCCCCUUCCAAAUGUUACUGCAGGUUGAAAGCCAUGAUCAUGUGCAAGGGUUGUGGUGCCUUCUGCCAUGACGACUGCAUUGGCCCCUCUAAGCUCUGUGUCUCCUGCCUUGUUGUGCGGUAACUGAGACAUGAAAUGGGGAAGAAGAUGGCUUUUCUCUUUGCUUUUGAAAGUACAGUGGGAAGAAACAGGAAAUUUACUGCCUUGCACAAGAGACACGUUACUGAAUCAGGAAUACAGAGUAGAGUUCUUCUUUCAUUAAAGAAAGAGCACCUUGUACAGUGAGUCUAAAUUGAGCUCAACUACGUGAAUUGUGACAAGAGUUUGCACUUAAGGAAUUAUGUAAAUAUGUCACAUUAUUUUGUUUAAGAAUAUUUUUUCAGUCUUUUAGGAGAUAGUGUUUGACUUGUACUGCAGUUUCAUUAACCCCAGCCUGCUAUCCAGCAUGUUUGCUGAGCUCUGCUCUAGAUGGGGGAAUGAACCCCCAGCAAAACUGUGGCCUGUUGGUUUUCUCUUGGCAAAGAGAAGAACUGGAUAAUCAAGAAACUAAACAUUUGUACUGACUGAUCACAGAGCACUGAAACAGGAGCCCCAGAAUGGGCUUACUUCUGUUGCUCUCAUUUUUAAUUCAAAUUUUUCAGAAGUGGAAGGCUUUAAUGUUAUACCAGCCUUUCAAAUAACUGCCCAUCAGUUGUGGCCUGACUCUUUCUGGAAGGCAUACUGGGUUGUGCAAUAUUGGCUGGUGUUUCUGAUUUGCAUAUCCUCUCCUCUUCAAGCAGUCAGUUGCAGUAACAUUGUUUUAAGGAAGGUAGUAUCUUGACUUGCUACUGGUAAAUACUGAAAAAGGCAACUGUACUAACCAUAGGAUUCAAGAAUUUAAAUGACUAAAACAACUCAGUAAGUGUGAUUAUCAGUAAUUCCAGGAACCAUUUAAAGCAGAGAUCACUAAUAUGUGCUGAACUGCAUUUCAUUUCAGGACCUUCAGAAUUCAGUAGAAACCUGCUUUAUUAUGCAUUUCAAGUGAGCUGGAAAGUGCCAUUCCCACGGUUACCAACCAUCAAUUGUUACAGUACAUUAUAGAAUUGAAGUGCACUAAACGUCACCCUCUGUCAUACUGUUUUCCAGGAAGCUUGCUGUGGCUCAUUAAAUCUCCACAAUAGUCAGACUUCUCUGAUUCUAUAGAAGAUUUUUUUUUAUUUAGCUAAGUAUAGGGCAAGGAAAACAAAUACCGUGUUAGGCCUCAUCGUUAGCCCUCAGUGGAUGUCUCUUUGUGUUUUAAAACACAAAAAUUUGUGUUUUAAAAUACCAAAUGUGUUUUAAAAUACCAAAUCCUUUGGCUUGACUCCAGAAUUGCAUGAGUUGGAACGGUAAGUCAGGACUGGGGAAGACUGGCAGAGGUAUGUUGCGUUUGGGGACUGGAGUAAUGGGGUAUAUUAUCCUGGGAAAUAUGCUCUAGAGGACCCUGCUUGAGCAGGGAGGUUGGACUAGAUGAUCUCCAGAGGUCCCUUCCAACCUCAACCAUUCUGUGAUUCUGUGAAAUGGCCAGUCCCUUACAUAAACAUGAGACAUAGCUAGUGAUAUUCAUUCUUCACGUUCAGGAGUGUCAAUGUUCACAAAUUCAUUCACUUUGAUCAAUCAAAAUUAAAACCGUUACAAAAUGGUACUUUAUCAUCAUUAACAAGAAUUUAUGAUAGGCUGGCUAAAAAAACAUAGACCAAACUGCAUUUUGAUGUAUUGCAACAUGUCCACACCAUAUCAAGGAUUUAUAUGUUAUUUCUCUUCCAAAACAAAGAACAUCAGGUUCAAUAAUCACAUCCAGUUCCAUACUGUCACUGUUGGGGUUGGAGGGGGACAAUACUGGAUCAUGGUCAGGUAAAAAUCUUAUAUAUCUUUUUGAUGGAAAAGCACUGAAUUCACUUUUAAUCCAAAGGCCUUUUUAAGAUGAAGCAAUAUUAACGAAGUCAAUAUGACAAACUGUAUUAUUAGCUGGGGUCCUAAGUUUUUUUUCUUCUUUCCAUUUGACUAUACUACUGCUUUCCCCCUUUUCCCUCCCUCUCAUAUGAGAAGAGAACCUGGCAUGCUAUUGUUAAAGAUCAGAAAUACUGCCUGUGAAACACAGUGUGUUUUUCCAAGGAGUGGGUGGUGAUUUAUUUGUUAAUGAUAAAAAGAGUUUGCAGACUUAAUCACUUCUUAAUAAAAAAUGUUCCUUCCCUGUCGGCAGUGCAUGGUAUCCUCCAAUCCAGGAUUAUUAUGUGUGAAUUAAUAAGACCUGCAGUAUAUUGUUGUCUUAGUUUUGCUCAUCUUAAAUUUAUUGGGGAGCAAGUGACUCCUGCUUUCGAAUUAUGCAUAGCUGCUUAGCUAUCCAGUGGUGAAAAGAAUGUAGUUAUUAUAAACUGUCAAUUUUUUAAAAAUCAACCACUUAAAUCUUAAAAAAAAAAAAAA